GGCCACAUUGUAAAUUGUAAAUAAUUGUUUUUUUUUCGGGAGUCCUGAAAAACUGAAUUUCUUUAAAUUAUGAGCGAUUCUGUUCAGGGCUACAAUAUAACGAAGGAUCCGGCCUUGGUACAUAACCGUAUCUUUUUGGGAAACCUGCCCAUAUGCACACGCGAGGAGCUGGUGAGCAUCUGCCAGCCGUAUGGAAAGGUUGUAGGAUCCAUGGUUCAGAAAAACUACGGAUUCGUGCAGUUCGAAGCGGAGGAAACGGCCAAUAAAGCCGCUGCUGCUCUGAACAAGUCAACCUUUAAGUCGCACGUGCUCACGGUGCGCAACGCUAGCAUUAAGUCGAAACAGGCCAACGCGAUUGCCAAGAAAAACCAAAUGAAAAACGCACAGGUUACGGUGCAGGGUGGGAUUGUCAUGUCCGCCGCAGCGGCUGCAGCUGGUCAGCCGUUGAUUAAUGAUUGCGAGAUCAUAGUGGUCAAUCGGGAAAACACCAAGUACGCGGAGUACGUUGAGGAGCGGCUAAAGAACGCCGGCCUUCGGGUGGAUGUGCUCUUUCCAAACGAAGACGUGUUGCUGGGCAAGGUGUUGGCCAAUAUCUCCUCACGGGGCUGCCUUUAUGCCGUUUUGGUCACGCCGCAGCACGAGGAACUGAACAGCAUCACAGUAAAUAUCCUCUAUGGGGUGCCUGCCGAGCAUCGUAAUAUGCCGCUUGAGGAUGCUAUCACUUUGGUUGCCACCGAUUUUCGGCAAAAGCAACAACGUGAUGCUUUAACACCAGGAGUGACCACAGCCGUUCACAAGGGACAGCGGCGACAUCCCGAUCACAUGCAAGAGCUCAUUGAGAGAUUAGCAGACAGCCAUCCCCUGACGGCUUCGCAGUAUGAAGUGAUCAUUAACUAUCUGGAGAAGGAGCGGGAGGAGCAGCUAAAGCGUGAGGUUGGCGAGGCCAAUGCUCUGGCCAAGCUUAAGGCUCCUGAUCCAGAGAUUGAGCUGCAGAAGAAGAUUUUGAGCAUCAUGAACAAGCCGGCGGUGACAGCGAUCAACUGCGAGUUAAUGUAUCCCACAUUUGAGGCGGUGAAGGAGGACAAACGACUGAUGGAGCUGCUUGGAGAUAAGCGUGUCUUGGGCGCUUUGGAGAGCAUUUACAACUCCGAUUUGGUGCAAACUGUAUCUCAGCACUUUUAGAUACACGAUAUUUAUUAAAUGUAAUACCAUAACAACUAA